AUGAUCGAUGAUUGCUUCGGGAAGAAUUUUGUGGAUGCCAUUGGAUCACAAAGUGGUGUUCGUAUGAGGCGUUAUGCACCCUAUGGUGGAUACGGUGGUGGUUGGGGUAGGGGUGGUCGGUACGGUGGAUAUUUGGGCGGUCGUCGUGGAUACGGAGGUGGAUACGGUGGU